AUGAAAUCCUACGAAGAUUUACCCAAGGGCGAGAAAAAGCGGAUUUUCAAGAAAACCAAGGACCUCCCGCUGCACGACAACGUGCCCCAUAUCGCGGAGGUGGAGGCCUGGAUGGCCCGGAACUUGGUGGAAGCCUGGUAUUGUGAGGAAAAAUUCCCCCUCCCCAUAUAUCGAAAGCGAAAUUUGUGCUGCUGUAGUUGAGUACACAAACCAACUUGUAUUUUUGCUAGAAGGCCAAGACACGCAAUGGCUCCCUCGUGUGCAGGCAAAAAUGUGUCAUGCUGUGUCCCGUUUCCAGUUGCUUCCUGUCAUGCUGAAGACGCAGGGCUUUCCUAUGCCAGCCAGCACCACUGCCCGCAUCUUUUGCCUUCUAGCAUGACAAAGCUGAUUUGUUGCUACCAAUCCGCAUCAGUUUUGAUAUGGGGAGGGGGGAUUUUUCACUUUGAUACGUGGGAGCUCUUCAGCGCGGACGAG